CAUUAUUGACUGGAAAGGUGCAACUGUAAGAGUUUAUAAAGGUUUCAGAGAUUAGAUUGAAAUAAACGACUGGACUUUGAAUUACGGGUGAUAUUUGGAGAACUUUGUUGUGAAUUGGUUAUUUUAUUAAAUUGUGAUUAUUUGCUUUUAAAAAUGGAUUCCUUCAAGGUGACAACAUUUUCUCACCAUGGCCCAAGACAAUGGCAACACCUCGUUGGAGAUGGGGACCAGUGACCAGGUCCUGGUCGCAACCAAGAGGAAAAAGACUUUGACAUACGUAAUCGGCGGCGUUAUCAUGGUAGCAAUCAUUGCUGUGGUGGUAACCCUUGUGGUCGUAUUCACCGGUAGCGAUGCGGAAGCUGAACCAAUAGUAUCUACUACAGAAGGACCGACUACGCCCAUAUCAACUACCACUCCUUCGACAACGACUACGACUACCACAACAACGACAACGACUACAGAAGCGCCGACAACGGAGCCGCCACCAGAGCCGCUCGAUUUAGAAUCGAUUAUAAAUGGAGUGUUCUCUCCUAACUCGUUUAAUGCUACUUGGUCGCAAGGAAGCGAUGUCCUGUUCCGAAGCGUGAAUGGCGACUUGGUGCUUUACGAUGUCGACACUGACACUACUACAACGCUUAUUUCUAAUACGUCAGAGACCCUGCAAGCGUCAUCGCGAGUGAUACAACUUUCUGCGGACCAGACCCACGUGGUUUUAGCAUACAAUGUUGCGCCAGUCUACAGAUAUAGUUUCCUGGCAAGAUAUGCUGUCGUGGACCUGCUCGUUGGCAAUGAGAUUGACAUCCUCCCCCCCACUCUUCGUUCUUCGGAAGCGUUCUUGCAGAACUUCGUCUGGGGUCCGUCAGGCACCGCCCUCGCUUUUGUUUACCUGAACAAUAUCUACUAUCAAGCCAACCUGACAAGCGAGCCUGAGCAGAUCACUACUACAGGACAGUUAAAUGUGAUCUAUCAUGGAAUUCCUGACUGGGUUUAUGAAGAGGAGGUGUUCGGCUCAAACAACGCUAUAUAUUUCUCCGCCGAUGGCUCCAAGAUGGCCUACGUCACUUUCGACGACACGAAUGUUCGCGUAAUGAAGGUCCCUCACUACGGCGUUCCCGGCUCCGUGGAUUACCAGUACACUCAGCAUCAUGAGAUUCGCUAUCCCAAGCCUGGUACCACUAACCCAACAGUGUCAGUCACCAUCAGAGAUCUGGACCUUAGAAACGACACAGUGUUUUAUGCACCCAAUGAUCUUCAACAGCCAAUCCUGAAGUCAGUGCGUUUCGUAAAUAACGACACAAUUGCGGUUAUGUGGACCAACAGAGUGCAGACUACGUUCAGAGUGUUGUUGUGCACGGACGGACAGACCUCUUGCAAUCUGAUUUACUCAUACACUGAAAACGACGGUUGGAUUGAUAACAUCCCUCUCGUGUUUAACCGCCUCGGAAAUGCUUUCAUCACAAUUUUACCACAGCCGGUGGGAGGAGUAUUGUACAAGCAAAUAGUACAAAUAUCUCAGUCCGCUUCUGGCAACUUGUGGUCGAGCAAUGCUAUCCUCAACACACCGCAAACUGUCGGAGACAUUAUGGACUGGUCUCCGGAUAACGUCAUUUGGUACCGCGCCACGCACAUCAACGACUCUGCCGAGCAACACAUCUACUCAGUUAACGCUUCCGGACACAUUUCUUGCUUUACGUGCCAAAUCAGGAGACCUGACGGCGGCGAGUGCCUCUACAACGACGCUACUCUCAGCGCCUCCGGGAACAGAAUCACCAUCAACUGUGCUGGACCUGAUGUUCCGCAAGUCUACAUUUAUGAUAUCGACGGUAAUUACAUCAGAACCUGGGAUGACAACGCAGAGCUAACAGCAUUGAUGGCGAACAGAGUGCUCCCGACUACCAUCCGUAUGUCGGUGCCCAUAGCCGCCGGUUUUCCUGAAGCAGAUGUCCAGAUCCAAGUGCCAGCUGACUACAUGGACCGCUCUAAUGUGCCACUUCUUGUCUAUGUUUACGGUGGACCCGACACUGCUCUGGUGACUAAACAAUGGAGCAUCGACUGGGGCAGCUCCCUGGUCAGUCGAUGGGGUAUUGCCGUGGCGCAAAUCGACGGCCGAGGGUCUGGACUGCGCGGUGUUGCCAACCUGUUUGCUGUCAACAGGCGCCUGGGCACCAUUGAAAUUGAGGACCAGAUCUCUGUUACUAGACAUAUCCAAGAAAACCUCCGCUGGGUGGACUCGAACCGCACCUGCAUCUGGGGCUGGUCGUACGGUGGGUACGCGGCGUCGCUCGCUCUGGCUCGUGGUCAAGGAGUAUUCCGCUGCGCUGCAGCCGUCGCGCCUGUGGUCGACUGGAGAUUCUAUGACACAAUCUACACUGAGCGGUACAUGGAUCUACCAUUAGAUAAUCCGCAAGGAUAUGCCAAUUCAUCAUUAUUAACAGAGGAUGUGGUGGAAGCCUAUCGAGACAAGAGCUACUUCCUGAUCCACGGUACGGCCGACGACAAUGUGCAUUACCAACACGCCAUGUUAAUCUCUCGGCUGCUGCAGAGGCGAGACGUGUACUUUACGCAAAUGAGCUACACCGAUGAAGACCACGGCUUAGUCGGUGUGAGACCUCAUCUUUACCACGCGUUAGAGAAUUUCCUACAUGAAAACAUGUUCUAAGUACUUUUAGAAACAAAACAGUCAUUUGUUAAUUGUUUUAAUUUUAAGAAAAAUAAAGAGGCUAUUGGCAGACAGAAAACGUAAUACAACAACGUUAGAACAAUUUAGACCGAUACUAGUUAUUGAAAUAAGAAUAUUUCAUGACUUGGAAGUCGUUAAGAUAGUUGUAUACAAACUAGGCGCACACUAAUCGAAUUAGUUUAUAUGAUAGCUUUGUGCAAGAAAUAUUAACUAUACCUACUUAAUUAUCAUAUAUGUCAUUAAUUCUUUAGUUUUUUUAUUCCGUCUUCCUUUACAAAGUAAUCUUAACUGCGUAUGGUAUUUAAUUAUAGAUGCAUUUGUUAUAAAAUAAUGCAACAAGCUACAGCGUUAAAGCACAUUAGACAUUUAUCAUUAAAUAACGUAAAUAUUUGUUCAUAUUUCUAUACAUAGCUGUUGAACGCGCUAUAGUGUCAAUCAGUGUAAUCAAUCAGCGUAUCACUGAUUUCAAAACAUGUCAAUGAAUCAGAUAUUUGUUUACUAAUUAGUGCUGUAGUGUGCGCUUGGCUUUAAGUCUACCGCAGAGAGCCAAUUUCUUGCGUUAUUAAAAAAAAUCUACAUAAUAACAAGUAUUGAUGUAAAGAAAUGUAGUAAUACAACGUUACCUGUUUAUAGCAAUAAUUAAAUGUAAUUUACAAUCGAUUGAGAUGUAAAUAUUUUUUAAAUUAUUAUAUGGAGAGUAUUUUACAGUUACUUAAUAUUUCAAUGUGUAAUUACCGUAUGAGACAGGGUUCUGAAGGAUAAUAUUUUUAUUUAUCAACUAUUUAUGUAUUGCACUUAACUAGUUAUGGAAUGUAUGUAAAUAUGAGUAUUUCAAGUACUUUAAGUACAAAAUAAAUGUGUUUUUCUACAA